AUGAAAAAGAUCGUAUUGAACAAGAAAAAACUUGAAUAUAAAACUAAAUAUGAUAAUUUACAAGAAGAAAUACGUUUGAUUUUAUUUGAUCGUGCUAAACUUGAACAAGAAUUAAUAGCUGAUGCUGAAGCACGUUUACGUGUUUUACAAACAAAAAAUCGGACAUUAUUAGCAUUAAAAGAUCAACAUAUAAAAACUGAAUUUGAAUCACUUACACAACAUCUUAAUAAAGUUGAAUCAGAUAAAUUAGAUGUUGAACAAUGUUAUCAUAAUCAACAUGAAGAAAUAACAGAUAAACAACAACAUUCACUGUAA